UUGAGCAUUUGAAAUUAGUUACUGCAUUUAUUGUUAGUUAGGUAUAUUGGCAUAUUUUACAUCUAGGUACAGUCGUCAUCAAAGAUAUGUUUACGUUUUUCGCCUUAUUACACAUAUCUCUAUACUAUUUAUGUUCAGGUAUACUUUUACACCUUACUCCUUUGUACGUCAGAGGAUGUCGACUGUACGAGUUCAGUUAGUUGAGGACUAUGCAGUUCAAAAAAGUCGUGGCUACCUAGAUCGUAAUAUGACCUAAUGUCCAUAUACUUACAUAAAUGUUGAUGUAUGCAAAAUGCUCUGUGUACUCACAAUAUUUGUUGGCCACUGGUUAAUUAUUUCUUGUAAUGAAAUGCUUCCAGUGCUAAGACUAAAUGAGCUUAAUCGAGAAUCGUUGUGUGUUUAUUAGUAGCCGGUGACCCGUGCGCCUGUAGUAUGGAGACUGGGAGGUCGCAUUUGCAGAAGCUGACGGAUAUAAAGCCCGACGACCUAGAAGUAUUUGACACGCACGCUGUGAGCCACUCCUAUGUGGCCCCAAAAUCCAUAGCAGAACCUAUGAAGACUCUAGAAGCAAUUUUAUUAAAUUAUUUAUAUCGCCGUAAAACAGAUGGUGACCAAGAUUCAGACGAAGAUUCAGUACCUGAAAAUAGUUCCAAUAAUUCUAACCAGUUCCCCUCAGGACGUUUACUACACAGCGAAAUGUUUCUAAACAAGACCGGCGUGCACCUGCCGUCGCCCGACUUGCUGCACACGGGGCACUGUCGGCUGCGGCUUACCCCCGACUACUUGCAGACGGCCGUGGACGCCUUCGCCAUCAUCCUCGAGGGCAGCCUGGCUGACGUGCGGGCCUUGCCCGGCGACUACGUGCUGCGAUCUGCACGCACAAUUUCCAUCAUGAAACUACCUCAGGAGAAGCUAAGUGCCAUGUGGAACGUCGUGUUAAAUGGACGGAGACCUAGCGAGAUCACAUACAAGACUUUAGAGAUUUAUAGACCUCUAUUCAAGUAUCUCAGUGGGCAGCAAAUGGCGCAGCUAAAUUUGACUGAUCCCAGGAUAGUUAACUAUAUAGGAACCCAUCCUCAACUUACCAGACAUCAGGUGGGCGUUGUGGCAAGUAAAUAUAUCAAAAUUAACCCGAAUUGGCGUAAAAUAGCAUCAUUAAAUAACAUGAACAACCUACUGUGUGGAGUGCCGAUGACUUUUAUGAGAAAAUUAGAUGGCGCUGAAUACCUUAAGUUGGAACAUCAGGUUUUUUAUCACAUACGAGCUUGUGACCCCCUUCAAAGGCGUUUCUAUCUAAACAUGAUGACUAGAACUCAGGCGCUAGGGAAAUCGUAUAGCUGGAGCGCCAGAGACGUGUCGCGUUUGGGACUGUUGCUGGCCGAGGUGGAGGGCUCGGCGCUCGCCAACAUCAGCCCUGAAGCGAUGGCCGGGGUCUCUGCUCACGUAAUGGCAGAGAUGAGGCCGGAAAAUAUAAAAUACCUGAGGGAUUUGCAAAUCAAGUACUUGAAACGGAAGGCAAGGAACAUUAUGUCUCGAAAACUUAAGGAAUACGACGCUCUGAUGGCAAACACGGCUUGUAGAGUCAAGACAAAUAUAUUUCUUAGAUUAAUAUUUCUUUUUUACAGUAAAGUUGUGCUAAUAAAUUAACAAUAUAAAUUUAUCACAGUG